CCCUACGUUUCCAGAUGGAGAAGGGUUCGAUUAUGUGCAAGCUGUUAGGGAGUACGACCCGAAAUAUAGCGGCCAGCACUCCCUCAAAGUCGGAGAAGUGUAUCGCAUAAAAAGUCCUCGCAUGGAUGGACUUUGUGACGAUUAUUAUCGUUCGGUAGAGGGCAAAUUGAUUCCAAAAGGCUAUGUGGAAAUCUUUCAAAAGGAACCGAAACCGAGGCCGAACCAUAGUACGCCAUCUGCUCAUCUCGAAAGUCAAUCACAAGAAACCGACACUGGCGAAACCGACCGUGACCUACUGAUGAAGAUAUUGAAAUCCCAAGAGGAUCUGAAGAUGAAACUAGCUGAACAUCAGACAAUAUUGAAUAAUGUGUGUGAAACACCUAUUUACCAAGCGUAUUACAAUUCAAAACAGACCGGCCCAGUCGUUACUACCCCAGAUGACAAUGGAGAGGAAUCUGAUCAUUAUGUCGAAGCUGACGCAGAUGGAAAUUAGACACAGCAAGACAAUGGCUUCAAACUGUGAGGUGGACAUUAAAAGUGUAAAACUCGCUCAUUGAUUUUUGCUAUAUUUGUAAAUACAUAAUUUUGUCAUAAAUUACUCCUUGUUCAAUAAACAAAGCACAAGACAGAAAAGAAUAUCCAGGAAACAUUGAUGGUUUAACACAACAAGAGUAUCGAAUAUAUUAUUUACGUACACAAGAAAGUAUUCGUGUACCCAUUAUAGUUUUUUUUUAAUUUGUUCAACUUCGAUUAAACUUAUAUUGUUCUGGUUGCAAUUAUAAAUGAAUUUCGGGGCAAGUGGGGGGCUGAGAACUCAUAAACUAGUUUAAAACCCAAAGUAAACUUAAGUUUUACUGGCCGUUCCAAGGCGGUAACUGCUACAUUUGUUUAUUAAGUUAUCUACACUCAUGUUUGAUUGUCUAUUGAAUGUAUGUGUUGUUUUGUUGGUCCUUAUUAUUGUAAUAAGCUAAAAUUGUGUGUUUUAAAUACCAAUGGCAUAAUUCUAAGCUUUCGCUUUCUUAUUUUGAGUAAACUAAGUAUGGUUGAAAAAACUUAAUCUUAGAUAAAAUUCACAGAUACAAAUGUAUACAUGUAUGGCAUUGAUAUAGUUUUUGUUAGCAUACAAUAAUAUGAUAUAAAAGUGUUUAGAUUUUUAUUGUCAUUAAUUUAUGUGAUUUGUUGUUUAAUUGUAGUUAAUCUUGUAUCAUAUUUGUAUUAUUUUAUUUUCAUUAAUUCUUUUCUUUUUUUUGGCUUUUAGUAGGUGUGUAACAUUUAUGGGUUUUUUUAUUUGGUCCGAUGAUUAUUAUUAUUUAUUCAUAAGCACUAGUCGGUAUUCAUUCCUGGCCACUGCAUAACUAUUAUCAAAUUUGUAAAUCCUUUAAUGACAAACAAUCAAUCAGUAUUGUAUUUUGUGAUAUAUCUAAAGCGUUUGACACCGUGGUCUCACAUUAAAAUCCAAGACCUUUGCUUGGUAACUAAUUUGAUGUUUUGGGAAAGGGCCGUAACUUCUGUUAGAAUAACUCGUAGCCCAAUCCCUUUGCAUGUUUGAUAAUUCAUUAUUUGACUCAAUUUUUAUGUAUACCUGUUGAUGUUGAAUUGAUUGUUACAUUGUAUUUACAUUCAUGCAAUUAAAUAUUAUUAAAUAAAAUUAUUUAAAUACGGCCCUUUGUAAUGGAGGAAAUAAAGAAUAUAUGUGUUUAUAACGAAUAGCUAUAUAUGAUUAAGCAGAUAUGUUAUGUCCUGUUCUUUUUUUCAUGAGAAAGAUAAUCAUCGCCAAACUUUUUGGGAUACAAACUCCGAACAUUGUAGUCAUGAAGUAUUUCAGUCGAAAAUGACUAUAUGACUCCAGAAUAAUGAACAUAUCUGUUUACUCUCGGUACUGAAAAUAAUUGCCAUUGUGCUGAUAUGCUGCGAAGAAUAUAAUAUUCAAUAUAUCGCCAAUGUAUGCUUGACAUUAGACACGUUAUUGAAAUGAAGUCUUAUACAGCGAUUAGUGUAUGUGUUUGACUAGUUUCACUGUAUAAUGACGCUAGAAAGGACUUGUUCAUAUCAUGGAAUAGUCUAUUUAAAUGUUAACUUUAAAGAAUGUUUCGUUUCAUGUUUAUACUAAUAACAGUGUCAACAUCUGUGAUGUAUGACUAUUUAAAAAAAAUCUAUCAUUUUUUGUCUUUACACAAUGUUAUCAAAUAGUUAAUAAAAAAGGUGAUCCCGAUAAGUUUUGUCACAUAAUGGUAAAUUCAAAUAUUUUAAAAAAAGGUUACUUUUUAGCCAAUAUCAAAUGCAUUUUCAUGUUUGCAAAAAUUCAAUAACCUUUGUUUUGAAAUGCAAUUUGCUUUAAAUAAUGAGUUUUAUUAUACUAGAACUACUAGGUACUAAACCAAGUACCUAUAUCAUAUGUGAUAACUUGUUUCUGACGUU